UGCUUGCCAGGGUCGUUUGUUUUGUCUUCCUGAUCCGUACGGGUGUUCCUGUGCUGCUGGGUUUACUGGAAUAGACUGCAUGCAAGGUUGUAAUGGUGGGAUGUUUGGAGCUGAUUGCAAGCAGACGUGUCACUGUGCAUCAGGCGACCUUUGCGAAGAGGAUACUGGAAAAUGUGCUGGAAAUUGUGUAGAUCCAUAUUUCGGAGAAAACUGCCAGUGUGCAACCACCAACGCCGUUCUUGGGCUCGACGUAAUUUCAAACGAUCCAUAUGAGCUGCGUGUCUCCUGGCUACCAGAUCCAUGUGUCCCUGGCUACUCACUAGAGUAUACAUUGACAAACAGAGGUCAAUGUGAAGUAAUCAAAUCUCCGCAGCCAGUGAUAGUCCCUGACUUGCUUGAUGAUCAGACUACCAGUCAUGUGAUAACUGGUCUGGAGGCUCAUUCAACAUACACAGUUUCUCUUCGCCCAGAAUACACUAGUACACAAGGGCCCGAUGUUUCAACAUCAGUGACUACGUUACUAGAAACGAAUCCGUCCGUUUCACCUGUGAUUAUAACUUCUUACGAUUCCGUCAGUGUAACACUCAGCUGGCGUGAAGUGAAUUGUGCCAAUUACUCUGUGGAGUAUGCAUUGCUUAACAAAGAAGGAUGCCAACCCAUCAGCCCAAUUAUCUUCUUGCUGCACUGCAUGUGCUCGGGAACUAAUGUGACGGUAAUAUCUGAUCUGAUGGCUAACUCGAUGUACAGGAUGCGAGUCAAGGCCUUUGUGGAUGGAAAUCACGGAUCAGCAGAAGAGAAAGAUGUUACGACAAGUACCAGAGAACCGUCUGCCUCACCCGCAAACGUUACACUCCUUGUGCGGAACAAGCGACAAUUGAGUUUCUCUUGGAGCCCGCCACCAUGUGGAAGCCGAGGUGGUAUCAUCACUGGCUACGUAUACAAGCUGAGUGGAAGGGGUCCAACCAUCCUGGAUGACACAGCAGUUGAAUCAGUGACGAUAACUCAACUAAUUCCUUUCACAAAUUACAAGUUUCAAGUAGCUGCAAAAACCAAUGCUGGAGCUGGACCUUACAGCGAAACCAUAACUGGAAAAACUUUAGAAGCGGUGCCAACGGCUCCUGUAAAUGUCGCUAUUCAGAACGUGGAUGACGUUUCAAUCACUGUCAAAUGGUCAGAGCCCGACCCUCCACAGGGCAUCAUUACUCAUUACAACGUUCGUUACUGGAAGAGUGGCCAGACAGGAAGCCAGACUGAUGAGGAUGUGGUUCUAUUAGUGCAUCGCAUACCAGGUCUUGAAACCAAUGUGACUUACACAAUUCAGGUGCAGGCCGAGACAUCGGUUGGUGUAGGACCUUGGAGUUUGGAUGUGACUACAACAACGAGAAUUGGAGAGCCUGGUCCUGUCCAGGAACUUCAUUGGACAGACAGAACCGACUCGACAAUUACCCUGGACUGGGAACCACCAAUUAGCCCUAAUGGACAAAUCCGAAAAUACAUUGUUGAAUACAGAGCGCUGGAAAAGUCUCACCAACCCAGUUUUACUCCAUCUGAUGAGUACAUCAGAAAUGAAGUGGUGAGUGCGCCAUACCAAAAGGAGAACCUGGAACCUGCUACAAAGUAUGACUUCAAGGUGUCGGCGGAGAACCAGUUGUUCAUAGGAUUUGGUACAAGUUUGGAGAUUUUUACAAAACCAAAAUCCGAUCUUCCUGCUCCACCGCAACCUAUAUCAUUCCCAGACGAUUCCACAGACACUACGGUCACUAUUGGUUUGACUCUUGCUAUAUCCGGGGAUGAUUUCACUGAAUCUUACGUUAUCCGAGUCAAGAAGACUAGGUCUUCGUCAGUGACCAAGAGAGACGUUCUUAUCCCCAGCCACUUCGAGGAUUCUCCAGAUGACUACAUUGCGGCUGACCUCCUCAAGGGGGGCGUGCCUGAUAGAUUUGUUGUGGGGGACGCCAAACUGUACGGCGGCUACUACAACGCACCGCUACAGAGGGGCGCUGUGUACAACAUUCGUGUUGGAUCUGUCAGCCGGGGUAAUGAGACGGAGGCUAAUGUGGUAUAUUCAGAGCCACUGACAGUCAAAGUUGAACAGUCCAGUUCCAGUGUGGGGCCGGUUAUUGCUGCUGUCGUACUGGCAAUUGUCCUCUUCAUUGUCGUUGGUAUUGCCGCAUUCAUCUAUUGGAAGAAACGUCGAACUCCCUCACCGCCACCCGCUACUACUGAACUGAAGGUUCUAUCUGAAACCAGUAAAGCUAAAAUCAGAAACAUAGGCUCAUCAAGUGAGAGCAACACAUUGAACCCCGACGUAGAUGUCUACGAAGACAUCGGACUUCUUCCCAGCUGGGCAGCUCAAAUGGAAAUACGAUGGGAGAAUUUGGUGGUAGAAGAUGUGAUUCUUGGUAAAGGCAACUUUGGUGAGGUGCGUGCAGGGGGAGUCAAGAUGGACGGCAAUGUCAUUAAAGCAGCAAUCAAAACACUUAAAGAGAGUGCCUCAGAAACUGUUUUGGAUGAUUUCAAGACGGAGCUUCAGACAAUGACGGGGAUUAAACCACACCCUAAUGUGGUUUGUCUUCUGGGCGCGUGUCUCCAUGAAGGGAUUCUGUACGUGGCACUUGAAUUUCUACCAAAUGGCAACCUACGAGAUUACUUGAGAAAAACUCGGCCAAAUCAGCAAGGAUCAGCCGACUCUAAAGAUGACGUGUCACCUUUGACUUCAAAAAACCUGCUGAACUUUGGUCUGGACGUUGCUAAAGGAAUGGAACACCUGUCUAACACCGGGAUUAUACACCGCGACCUCGCUGCAAGAAACAUACUUCUGUCUGAGAAUCUAACUGCUAAAGUUUCGGACUUUGGCCUGUCUAGAGGAGAAGACGUCUAUGUUCAGAAAUCCUCGACCAGAAUUCCCGUCCGCUGGUUGGCCAUCGAAUCUUUGACACGCCGCGUGUACAAGACCAAAAGUGAUGUAUGGUCGUUUGGAAUAUUACUCUGGGAGAUAGCAACCUACGGAUCUACUCCGUACCCAGGCAUUGAGAGCAAGUCAUUGGCCAAGAGACUGUUGGAUGGUUACCGCAUGCCUAAGCCGGAAAACUGCGCUGAUGAACUCUACAACUUGAUGUUGAGGUGCUGGCAGGAAGAACCAAACGACCGCCCAAACUUCGGAAACCUCGUUCAGAUUCUGGAAGAAGUGUGCCUGGUGUCCGAUGCAGAUAUCUAUUUGUCACCAACCGUCUAUCAGAACUUCAUCAUCAAGCGCGAGUUUGACGAUAAGUAACUGACGAUUUUGACAUGCAGAUGCUUCAGCUUUGCAGGUGGCUUUGUCACCUUCAUUAUUUCGAGAUAAUGGACAUGAUCGGCAUAUAGUUUAGUCAUACAUUAACAGUAUGAAGCUGAAAACUUCUGUAGAAAUUCGGUAGAAAACAUAAGCAGAGAACGAGCGUCAUUAGGAGAGUUUAUAACCCAGUAGGCCUAUUUGAUUCAGCCAUCAACCACAAUUAAUAGCUAAAAAUGGAAAACUGUAUUACGUGUUCAUUGUUACACACUAAGUGCGUGAAAACCAUAAUCAGCAUGCAGUGUGUGAGAUUUAAAAUAAUUUCAUUAUGAUAAACACUGCACAUGGAUACCAAGGCAGUGUUGCAAUGUUCCAGGAAAACAUUGGGGAUGCAAUUUCUAUUUCGCUAAAGUAGGCUUAACCUUCUUGUCCAUUACACUUGUUUUCAAUACGCUUUUUACGAAAGUGGAUGACCACUAAUUCUUCCCACAUGGGUAUAAAGUAAGGCAACUUUGCUCAAGCGCCUAGAAUAACUUUAGACUGCCCUCCUGCGCUGCAGGGCGGUCCAAAAAGUAUUAGAACUCCUGCCUCGCGAAAAUUAUGUAUUUCUUUGUGCUACCACUAUUGGCAAAUUACUCCUUUAAAGAGAGUCAUUGGAAGUGAUUUCAAAACAGUCUGAAGGCAUUUACUGUUGAUCAUAAUAUAGAAAUGAGUUUUUACCAACACAGAAGCCUCCGCUGUGUUUGAUGAAAGUCAUGGAACGUGUCUUCACGUAUCGAAGUGUAACUUUUGAGAUCAUGUUUUGGUGUGUACUUCUGCUGAUACUAUACCCAGAGUACUAGUUUUAAGACGCAUAUUUACUCGGAAUGGUUAUUGUAGAAAUAAAUUCAUGAUUACACAGUUUUUUAUACACUUUCACCUGGUGCAGAAAACUAACGUUGAGUAAUAUCUUUUUCAUUCCUGUGAGUAUUUGAAUCGUGUGAUAUAGCCGUACAUUUCAUAAAUAAUGGCGAUAUAGGCUUUAGAAUUAUAUUAGACGUAAUGACACUCCUUCGGACUUUCCACGUGGUCAGCGUGUUAGCCUUUAAAAUAUAGAAUCAUUGACUGCAUCAUCGGCAAUCAGAAUAAAUCAUAAUACAUCCGGGACACCCCCACUGUCACCCUGCCUGCACCUCUUGCCCAGGGAUUGAGUUUUAUUUUUCCCUCGCUCUCAGCUUGGCUCCCCCACGCUGUACUAGGGACAUUACCGAGUCAUCUUUCUUGCCAUGAUUUGCUCGAAUGGCUUUCUUCCAAAAACCGAAGAUUAAGAUUUUCGUGUCGAUGGAUCUACUGCUUAACGUAAAUUGGAUAAAUUGCAAAAACGACAUGCAUCAUGGCAGACAAUCCCGGGGAAGGGAGGGUGGUGGACGGGUGUUAUGACGAGUCUAUCUUAACUAUAGAUAACCAAAAAAAGAAAACGAUAGUGGCAUUUAUCCAAAAAGUAAUAUCGCCCCCUAAAUGCUGGGCAUACUGUGAACAAGAUAAUACUUUGUGAUUUUGCUAUCGUUAAUGUCAGGAUAUUUCAACGAAAGUUCACUGUAGGCCUAUAUGAAAAUUUUACCUCGAAAUAAAUAUGGAAAAUACAUGCUGUUACAGCAUGAAUGCGACUAGACAUUUGA